AUGCCCUCCAUCACCAACAUUGCGCACAUGUGUUCGCAUCUCCAGAACGCCUCCAAAGCUCGUCUUGGUAUAACAUCCGUUAAAAACUGCAAAUACAACCUGCAACUCGCCCUCGCUCUGCACCGGUCUGGUUUCUUCUCAGCCGUCUACCGUGCCGGUCCCAGGCCUCCUACAAUGGAACAGAUGAUCUCUGAACCACCUGUGACAGUCACAAACGAAAACGUUGCCACGAUGCGCCUGUGGCUGGGCCUCAAGUACUGGGACGGCAAGCCUGUCCUCGGCAAUGCCAAUGCUAUCAGCACGCCGAAGCGUCUCAUGACGGCCAACAUCAAAGAAUUAGCCAGACUUACGAGGGGGUUCCCGACAAAGGUGUCUGGUGGUGUUGUUUCGGGUCUAAAUCUCGGAGAGUGUCUGUUUGUUGCGACGUCCCAGGGUGUUUUGGAGGCGCGAGAGGCCCUUGCGAAGAAACAGGGUGGUCUGUUAAUGUGCAGGGUGUCAUGA